CGGGCUAUGUGUGCUGGUAUUGAACUUGAUAGGGUUUUAAUCAAACUUCUUAUUUCGGUGAGCGUCUCACUAGGAAUCUACCUCGUCUUCGCCUUUUUCCAGCUCAACAAAAGAAAAAAUCACUUUACUGGUAGUCUAGAAGAGGAGAUCUUCACCACUGAAAACCCCAGUGAGACAAGAACUGAUAAGAAAAUGUUGCGAGGAUCUAAGCACCAUGAUGCCCAGACUCUGGGAAUUGGCAAAGCUAUUGCAGUACUUACAUCAGGAGGAGACGCUCAAGGGAUGAAUGCAGCUGUACGAGCGGUGGUGAGAGUGGGAAUUUACACAGGCGCCAAAGUCUUCUUUGUACAUGAGGGUUACCAAGGACUGGUCGAUGGAGGUGAGAACAUUCGAGAAGCCACUUGGGAAAGUGUCUCAAUGAUGUUGCAGUUGGGCGGUACAGUAAUAGGAAGUGCUAGAUGUCAGGAUUUCCGGAGCCGAGAGGGCCGCCUUAAGGCAGCAUGCAACCUAAUCAAAAACGGGAUUACCAAUCUUUGUGUCAUUGGUGGAGACGGCAGCUUGACGGGAGCAGAUACUUUCAGAGCAGAGUGGAGCGGACUGCUUGCUGACCUGGUUAAAGCAGGAAAAAUUACUUCUGAUGAAGCCGCCAAGUCUAGUUACCUAAAUAUUGUUGGGCUGGUGGGCUCCAUUGAUAAUGAUUUCUGUGGAACCGAUAUGACAAUCGGAACCGAUUCCGCUCUUCACAGAAUUAUGGAGAUAGUGGAUGCCAUUACUACAACAGCACAAAGUCACCAAAGGACCUUCGUCCUAGAAGUGAUGGGCCGGCACUGCGGGUAUUUGGCUUUGGUAACUGCACUUGCAUGUGGAGCAGAUUGGGUCUUUAUUCCCGAAUCCCCACCAGAAGAAAACUGGGAAGAACAUCUUUGCAGAAGACUGAGUGAGACCAGAGGCCGCGGAUCAAGGCUGAAUAUUAUAAUUGUUGCUGAAGGGGCCAUUGACCUGAAUGGUCAACCUAUCACAUCAGAGGAUGUUAAAAAACUAGUUGUGAAGAGUCUUGGCUAUGAUACAAGAGUCACCGUCCUAGGACAUGUCCAGCGUGGUGGAACACCUUCAGCCUUUGAUAGAAUUCUGGGAAGUCGCAUGGGAGUUGAAGCUGUGAUGGCCUUGUUGGAAGGAACACCAGAUACACCAGCUUGUGUGGUCAGUUUGUCUGGGAAUCAAGCAAUCCGCUUGCCUUUAAUGGAUGUGUUCAAGUGGUAA